AGUCCACAUUCUGCUCUCCCUGGCCCAUCACAGGGGAGGCUGAGGAGGUGGUUAUCAGUGACUAUAGAGCCGAGAGAAUGAACAGAAGGGACUACUGUAGCCAGGAUAAGGUGCUGAGCUUCUGAACCUUGGGCAGCAGGAUCCGGGAGGGGAGGGGCUAUGGAGUCCCAAGGCCAUGGCCUCACCACCUGGGACACCAGCGGCAGAAGAGCCACCUUUUUCCACAACAAGCAGGGAGAUGGGGCUGUUGAACCACCAUCACUUACUGCAAGGAAGAAUGAGCCUGCUUUGACAUACCAAGGCCUCUAUUACAGGCCUUCCCUAGCCAGGAAGAAGGCCCUAUAUGACUUCCGGGUGAGAUGGCCAGAACUGAUUCUCCUGGACCAGAAGAAAAUGGAGGUACUUCCUCUAAUUGGCAAAAGCACCUCUGACAAGCAGAUCCAUGAUGUCAGUAGCUGCUCCUCAGGGAUCAGCAUCAGCAACACAGACCUGGAGAGCACUCCCAGUGAGUGCCUGGAUUCCAAAGGAGAGUUUGCUGUGGGCCCCCAACCCCUUCCUGCACAGUCUCCAUAUAUGACCAUUCUCAACAACUAUCUGAAGCCAGAGUCGCUGACCCGGCUGGAGAAGAAGGUGAGGAAGAAGACCCUGGUGGCCAUGCGUGAGCUGGAGCAGGAGAUGGAAGCAGUUAAGAGACGGCGGUGGGCACUGAUGAUGGACAUCAAGGAGGUGGCAUGCGAACAAACAGAAGACAAGCACUUCCUGGAGUAUCUGAAGCAGAGGAAGGAGGAAAGCCAGAGGAAGUAUGACUCCCUGUGGAAAGACUACAGACAGCAGUGUCAGGAGAUCGAGGACAGGAGGCAAGAGCUGUUCUACAUCUUCACCUCCCGCACUGCACACCUCCAGAAGCAGCUGCUGCAGGGCAGGAAGCUAGAGCUAGGCUUCAGGAAGAAGCUGGAUGCCCUGAGGCCUGUAGUACAGAUAAAGAAGAGCCAGGACAGAACGAUCCAGGCUUUAGAGAAGGAGAAAGCCAGCAUAGAAGCUGGCAUCCCCUUCAUGGACAGAGAGGCACACUUCCAGUUCCUGAAGGAAAGGGCCGCCCUAGAGAAGCAGGUGGAGGAGCUGAACCUGCUGGAGUCAGGUGAGGACAUUACCAGAGAGCUGAGGAAGAAAGCCAAGGCCUUGGAGGCUGUGGCCAAACGGGCUCACAAGGACUUCUGCCAGGGAGUCAGUGCUGAGAACAGGCAACUGCGAACACAGCUCCAGCAGCUGGAUAAGGAAUUCUGUGAGCUGAAAGCCAGGAGGGAGAAGCUGGAGCAGCGAAAGCAGCUGUGGAAGGAGCAGCAGUGGUACCUGGAGGCCCUGGCCCGGGGGAGGGAGCGCCUGCAGCAGCAGGAGUACCGACCCCCCAAACCACAGGCUCCACACCCAACCCAGGGCCGUGUACUGGGUGCCAGGCCAGGAACCAAUCCUAAGUAAUGGCUGCCGUGUCCCAGGAAGCAGACUGGAGCUGGCGUUGAGGGUAGCACACAAGGAAUGAAGAUGCUAUCAGGCUAAUGCAGAGGACAGAAGCAGCAAGGGGGAUGGAGGACUGAGCUUCUCAGAGGGGCAGGGGGGUCCUGGCCUGGCCUGUCUCUCAGGCUUGGCCCCCUCACUGUAACCCGAAGGGCUGUCCUAACCAAACGCUUCCCCACAUUCAGGAAGCUUGGUUCUUUAGCUCCCACACCUUCCACGACAAGUUCCCUGUUGUAGUAUAGACUUUGGUGCUCAAUUCCUGCUCUAGUGUGGACGGCAUGACGACGGGGUGCAUUUGUAAUCGGCACCUUCCCCAGCCACCCCAUUUCACGGGAGUAGGUUGGUGUCUUAGGUGGGUGGGUGCAGGGUGUUAUCCGGGGAAUUGGGUUCUUUGUAUCUGUGUGUGGCUGAGGCUGAACCGGUCUGCAGAGCUGUGGGUCGUGAUGUGGCAUGCGGUCCCAGGUUUGGGCCUGUGCGACAAAUAUAGCCAGCUCUCUGA